UCAAUCAGCUGGCUUGCGUCUUCACAUCCGUUUUUGGUAUAUGAUCAGUUGUUUUUAAGAAAAUAAGAAUAUUGCUUUGAAAUUCUGCAUAUAAGUUAUAAAAAUGCCAACUCGUCCACAUAAAAGAAAGGCACAAACAAAAGAGGCUAAAAAUACAACACAAGAUGACGAUUGUACUAAAGACAAUAAAUCACAAAUCACUCAACCAAAUAAGUCAAGGAAUGUACCUGUUAACCCUUUAGAUAGAAUGUUACUUCAUAACUCCGAGGAGUUAAAAUUACUCCAAAAGCAUUGCUUAUUUCCUUCCUUCAAUGUGGGGAGACAUCCAGUUGAGAGCGCUGAUGAACUUCGUUUGUAUCCAAGUUUCAAUGUUUCCAUGCCAUGUCCAAUUUAUAUCGCUAGCAGUCAUUACGAAAAUGUAGAUAUAUGCCAUCGACGCACAAUGGCAAGAGAGAUAUAUCGCAAACGUUUGCACACAUCACGGACACGUUAUCAAACAGUUCAAAAAGUUAAAAAGUUCAAAACUAACCACAAGGAAGAUCUUUAUCAUAAUUCAUUAUUUGAAUUGGCCAAACGUUUGGAAUGUGAUCCUGAUCCGUACUUUCACGGCAGUUACGAUUAUUACUACACUGGAGGAAAUCUUUGUAUACUGGGAGAUGGUCAACAUGUGCUGCAUGUAGAUGGUAAAAACCUGGACAGCUUACAUUUGGGUAUGUUUCCGAAGCUGAGGAGUUUUACUAACAGCUUUCUCGAUCCUAUCAGUUCGCAACAAUUAGAUAGUGAAGUGUUUGAGUUACGUUCUAUACAAAAUUUGCGUGCCGAUUCCUCGAUGUCAUUUGCUUUGCGACAACGCAAUCGCAUAAAUUUAUACAGUAUUCCUUCCACGGGAAAAAUGACACCGCUUACUCUAUUCAGGUCAACUUCAACGCCAUUUAUAAGUUUCGCGCAGUCCCCUAUCGACAUGAAUACUUUUAUUCUGACCACAAUGAAGCAAGGUGUGCGAGUGUAUGAUGUGAAUUCACGAACACCAACACUCACCGCCACACACGACAUUUGCACCAAGGAUGAUGCUAUGCGGAUAAGUUGGAAUAUGGUACGACCAUGGCAAGGUCAAACAUUUUUAUACGCAAACGAAAAGAAAUUUCUAGUAAUCGAUACGCGCACCACACCGGAGCAGUGGUUAAAAGGUUGUAGCUGUGAUGAAACGUCCACGUAUGAUUGCGAUUUGAUAUCAACGAUUGCCAAAAGUGAAUUUCGCGAUUUGGCAUACGUGGCCACCAACCAUAAAUUACAUUGCUUAGAUUUGCGCUACUUGGGUGGCAAUAUGGAAUCAGGCUCCACCGCAGUUUGUCGCUGGACGCAUCAGUUAGAAUAUGCACCUGCUUUUAUGGAGACAUAUCAGUUGGGCGGUGUAGAGCUUAUAGCACUUAGUAGCGCCUUAGCAGAUGACAUGUGUAUUUGUGAACUCACGCGAGAGCAUGCGGCGCAAAUGGUCGAGGAUGAACGCAAAAUGGCUGAUAAAUCACCGGGCAAAGGCCAAAUAAGAAAAAGUGUUUACAAAUCUUACUGCCUCCCAUAUCAACCAUCAACAUUACAGGACGCUUACCACCAGGCGCGUUCUGUCGGUAAAUGUUUGCAACCUGACGCCGACUUACCAACACGUAUAUCGCGUUGCAGCACGGGCUUAGCUUUCUACGAUACCGCAACUUUUGCAGAAUGUAUUGGUGAAGACGAUUGUGACACAUUUACAUUACUGCUUAGAUCAAAUUCGAUUGGUGAUGUGUUUGCGCACCGCUUAAUUGAGAGGGAUGCACUAGAGCGUGAUACACGCUUAAAGUCUGCAGUUGAGGUAGAAAAUACAAUGUGUGAAUAUGCCAAGCGGGUUUGUGAGUUGACGCAGCCAAGACUGAAUUGUACAGAAGUGGUUAAUUUAGCAGCUAUGCGUAAGGUGUUUCGCUGCAACACUUUGAGCAUUCCACUCAACCUCGAAGAAGAUGAUAAGACCAAAGCAGAUAUAACACCCGUCCGAAAACGUGGUUUGGGACGCUGGCAGAAGCCCAUACAAACACUACAUUCCUACAAGGAUGCUUUAGUCCAAGACAUACUCGCCAUUUGGGAUAUUAAUUACGAGGAUGAUAAAAAAGCUGUAUCUUUCGCGCAUAUCAAAAAAGGUUUGGGCGUUAAACCUGAUCCAGUGAGUCUGGUUAGCGACUGGCUAAAUGAAAAUAUUAAAGAAGAAAAACCGAAAUUACAACAACAAGAGUCCAUGAAUUCGACCAGUAAAUUGCAGAGCACACUGUUAGAAACUUCCACUAUGACAGUGGUACACGAAAAUAUUAAAAUGGAGACCAACACUGAUAGCGAGUACAUAUUUAGUGCUCUAAAUACUUCAUUUGUAAGUGAGUUUAUGCCGCAACAUCAAUCAACUCAAGUCACCGAGGCGAUCAUCAAUAUGCCUGGUUCGCCGACUGAACAGGAAGAGUUCAUAUCACUAAAACCGAAACCGAAAGAAAAACCAGUUAAAAAGAAGUCAAAAUAUGUUAAAGGAUUUUGAUAAAUCGCUUGGUGAGAAAAUAAUGCUCGUAUAUAUGUAUGUAUGUGUUGCUCACUUAAUUUAAGAUAUUUAAAGUUUUUUUAUAUUUUAAUUUCCACUUACUACAAUAAGCAUUAAUAAAACAGCAAGUGUCUGUUACUACAUUUUUGUAAAUUAUUGAAAAUUUAACUUCGAUAUAGUUAGUUUAGUCGAUGUGCUGUAAUUAUUUUAAGCGAAAAUUAGAAAAAUGACAUUCUCGAAUGCUCAACAACUUUUUAU